GUGCGUAGAAUUUAGUGCGUACUAUGUAUCCUAGCCCGCCCUCACUCAGCAGCCAACAACUUGACAUUUCAGGAAGGCAGGCCUCAUCACGUGGCUGCAUGUCCUGUUCGGCCAAACCUCACUCACCGGCUCACUCACUCACUUCCUUCUUGACUCAACCCUAGCUGACCUCUCACUCACUCAGCUCACCACUCACUCGUCGCAACACUCACUCACCUUCCAAGUCGCAUCCCGCCAACAUCACCAAGACUCACCCUCCCAGUCAAUACAACAACUAAAGGAUGUCGUCACCCCCGCCCCCGCCUCCGCCGUCAUUAUCUGCUAUUGCCUACAGCUCUCCUCCCAUCCGCCUGUCCAACAUCGGAACAUCACGCUCGCCUUCCUUUGGAAUCGAUUCACAGUCACCGCUCCUCGGAGCCGACGCAGAAUCCCAGCUGAGAGCUGGCAGCCGGCCGCCUAGCUCAUACCAUUUCUGCCAAAGCAGGUCCCAAUCCCAGGCACCCAACGACAACAACAACGACAACGCAGACGACGACAAUCAUUCGCUUCCCGCUACUCCUCCCCCCGAGCCAGUCAAUCUAUGGACCAAAGACGAAGCAAUGAAGCUUGUGGCAUUCCUGUCGACGUCUCAAGGCCCCCUCGCCAUCACGGACGUUGCAGAACACAUGGAUCGUCCUAUAGCCCACGUCGCGGCCAUGGCCGUUUCAGUCUAGCAUGCAGCCAUUGGUCUUGCAGAACGACGAGGAAGUCGUGUCGCUUGGUGGGUCGGGAGGCCUCUCUUCAAUGGCUUGGGUCUGCGUCGCUCCGUUGUAUUGACUGUGAAAUCUGGCAUUGUGGUUCUCGUGUUUUAUGGCAUAUCCGACACAGAUGGGAUGCAGGUGUCAAUCGAGCGGCCCGAGCAGAUGUAUGAGGCUGAUCAAUUCCAAGAUUAAAGGGCAACAGGGCAUUGUUAGAGUGUAGGUGGAAUUGAAAAUUUGUGCGGCCGAGGCGUAAAGACGACGCUGGAAUGGAAUGUUCAGGCACUUCCAGAAUCGCUUGAUGACAAUCUUGGUCGGUUGCAGCAGCCAGACGCACCUCAUUGCACGCACAACACAAGAUGAU